GUAAUGAACUUUAUUUAUUAUUUGUAAAUUGAAUGAACAGGUUUGAUGACGUCCAUACAUGCUCAGUUGAUUAUAGAUUAAAUGGGAGUCGUCAAGCAAGUGCUGCACUUAUUGGUAAGUUGGUGAAACAUCAGUAUAUGGAUGCCUCAAGAAAGCCAUAUCAGCCCAAAUGUAUAAUGGCAGACCUGAAACGCAGUUUAGGAGUGAUGAUGAAUUACCAAAAAGCUUGGAGGGGGAAAGAGUGUGCGCUUCGAGCAUUAACUGGAUCUGAUUUUGAGUCUUAUAGGAAGCUUCCGGGGCUGUGCUAUAUGCUACUAAAAAAAAUCCAGAAUCACAUAUAGCACUAGAGACAGACAAUGAGAAGAAUUUCAAAUAUUUCUUCAUGUCGUUGGCUGCAUGGCGGAAUGGGUGGCAGUGGUGUCGGCCGGUAAUAAUAGUUGAUGGCUCGUUCAUGAAAGCAACGUUUAGGGGAACACUUUUGACAGCAUGUGCUCUUGACGGAAAUAGACAGAUAUUUCCUAUUGGUUUCGGAGUGUGCGAUAGGGAAAACAAUGAUACGUGGAAAUGGUUCUUCACACAACUGAAACAAGCUAUUGGAGACAGGAAAGACUUGUGUGUUGUUUCUGAUAGGAAUGAGGGUAUAAUUAAUGCUGUUAAGCAAGUGUUUCCAUACGCAGACCAUGGGUAUUGUGUGCAGCAUAUUUUGGGAAAUAUAACCACUAAAUUCUGUGGCAAGAAAAAACGAGUAAUUGACCUGGUUAAUGCAGCGGCGAGGGCAUCAACGAGUAAAUUGUGUGAAUAUUUGUUGGGAUUACUAGAUGCUGAAGAUCCUAGAAUACGAACCUAUCUGGAAAAGAUUGGGAAAAAAAAUGGGCGAGGUCUGCAUUUAAGCGCCGAAAGUACUCAAUCGUGACCUCAAAUAAUGCUGAAUCCAUGAAUGCUAUGAAUCGAUUAGCUCGAGAGUAUCCCAUCUCUACUCUUAUAGAGUUUUUGAGAGAUAAAAUGCAAGAUUGGUUCUUUAAGAGGAGGACUUUGGCCAAUGAAACAACCACAACACUAACACCGGCUGCAGAAACAAUGCUAGUAGAGCGUCUCUUUAGUAGUCGUGGAAUGAUAGUAAGAAAAAUUAUAUUAAAUUUUAUUUUAUUAGUUAAAGAAUGGUAAUGUCCAGAGUAUUUAUUGUGAUGUGUAAUUCUUUAAAAUGUGGUUAAAUUAUAAUGCAGGUGAAACCAAGUACGGGUUGCAGCGCAGAAGUAAUUGACUUGUCAUGUAAGGCAUUUGUGGUGAAUCUAGAGGAAAGGAGAUGCACUUGUAGAGAAUUUCAGUUGGAAGAUUUUGUGUGUGUUCAUGCGGUUGCUCUUAUAGGACACUUAAAUGGGCUAUCAUGUUAUGACUAUGUGUCAUGUUAUUACAAGACAAGCUCAUGGCGUGGGGCAUAUUCUGGAAUUGUUCAUCCCAUUGGGUCAUAUGAAGAUGAUGAAAUUCCAAAGGAGUACAGGAGGUGGGAGGUUAAACCUCCUCUAUGCAAAACAAGAACUGCCGGGAGGCCGAAGUCAAAGAGGAUUCGUUCUGUUGGUGAAUUUGGAUCAAGACAGAAGUGCUCAAGAUGCAAGCAACAUGGCCAUAACCAAAAGACUUGUAAUAACCCGAUCCCGCUAUAAGUGACGCGAGAAUAUGUUCCUACAUAUUUUUAAUUUUUUUUCCCUUUCAAAGAACGUGUUUUGUUUAGUGGGUUUUCAGAUUUCAUUUAUGCACUUGAACUAUGAAAUAGUUUUAUGAUGUAAUUUCGUACUUGUACUUGCCUCUGUUUCAGAUUUCAGAACACAGGAAGUUAAUGUUUCAUGCCAUACAAAUUAUUUAAGUAA